GAAAAAUUCAAAAUGGAAUUUUGUGCAACCAUGAGUUAUCUUUUUUCAUUUAUUAAAAUAUGUAUUUAUUUAUUUACUAUACAUUUUAACUGUUUAUUGUUCACAGUAUUCAACCACAAUAAUUAUUGAAGUAUAUGUAUCAAUAUCUAUCAUGGAAGUUGACCAACGUGUUGAUAAUUCUUCACAAAAUUCAAAGUGAGCAAAUUUGAUAAUUAAUAUUGGUAGGUAUAAUUUUUAUAGGUAUUAAGGUGCCUGAGAAAUCUAAUUUUUUUUAACAAUGUUACUAAUAAAAUAAAGGUAUUAUACCUAUAUUAUAUAAUUAUAUAUAUUGUUAUAUUAUAAUAAACCGAAUUAUUUUACCUGAAAAAUUUUAGAUUUAAAAAUAAUAACAUUAAAUUUCUUGUAAAAUUUAAAAAUCUGCCAUAGAAUGUUUCUAUGUUGAAAAAUAUAUUUCAUGAGCUCUCUUUUUUGAGUGGCGAAACCUUUUGGUUUGAAGUGGAAGAAAGAACUGGGAGGUCUUGGCAUCCUCCAACAAAAGAAAAUAUGAACAAAAUUAUUUUGCUAGGUCAAAUUAAGUAGCACUUAAUCUCAAUGUUUACUCUAGACUAGGUAGGUACUCUGUGGAUAAAAUUGUUAGACUAAACAGAAAUACUUGAAAAUGUAACAAGAAACAUUAAAAUCGUACUUUGUGGUAAAUUAAAAUUUGAACAUAAUGUAGUACAGUAGAACUUUGAUAGGUCGAAAUUCAAAGGAAAUUUUUGACCAGAGCCGUUAAAUUAUGUCUUAGGAAAAAGAGCAUGGUCGUAUGUUAUGUAAAUUGUGCUCUGGUAUAUUUUAUACAUAUGUAAAUUGCGGGCUUUGUAUAUUUUGUGUAAUAUAUGUCUAAAUUGGUAUGGUUAAAAAUAUUGGUUUUGCUUUAUUUGUGUAUCUUUAAAAAUGUAUUAUUAACAAUUAUUAGUAAUAAUGUAAAAAUGUGUGUAGUUAAAAAUCUAUAAGUAAAAAAAAUGUAUGAUGAACAAUAAAUAUUUUGUAAUUAAGAUAAUGCUCUCAUAUAGUCUAACCAAGUAAUUUUGUUAGUUUGUAAUUCACACAUUUUAUCAUGUAUAAAUGUUUCUUCUAUCAUAUUUUUGGUUUUUGUUCCUUGGCUUCUCUAGGUGAUAAAGUGGCAUUGUAUGGUUUUUUUUAAAAUUUCUAUGAAAUUAAAUAUAUUUGGGCGUGAUGAAUUAAAUCAACUAUUUAAUUUUUUAUUAAAUGAUUCACAAUUAUUUGUUGUGCACAUUGUUAUUGAUGCAAAUUCAGCCCAUAUCUGUGGUGGAAAUUGGUUAAAUAUAUUUCAAAUAUGUAUUCAGUAAAUAAUAUUAUCCUAUCAUCUUGUAGUUGCAAUGUCAUAUUCUGCACAAAAUAAUCUCUAACCGUAUCAAAACUUAAAAAGUAAUUUUAAGAAAUUGCUUGUAUUUGUAUGGUUGUUUUUGUAAGCCCUACUUAAACCUAAACUUAGGACUUUUCCUAUACCAACUUUGACCUAGGCGAAAUCAACACCUUUUCACUUCAAUAGAAGACCAAACAUACAGAUUUGUGUAUAGUCUUUUCAAAGUCUUUAUACAAACAAUGGGACUGAACUAUAAAUUUUAUUUUUUUUGUAUUCUAACUAAAUGUUCAAAUGCCUGCAGAUAGCAUUGUGUAUUCUUUGAAGUUAGUAAAAUAUAAACCAGUGAGAUAUAAGACUGAUUAAUUGUACAAUGUAUUGUAAAUAAUUGACAACAUAAUUUUGGACAACUUUUAAAUGUACUGUCUAAAAAUAUAUUAUCCGAAUUGCAUAGUACUUUUAAAUUGCAGGGUACCUACUCAGUCAAUUUUUCAUUUUAAAUUUGUAGUACAUUUUUUUGAACUAUUUAUAAUAAUUUUUCCAAAUAUUUUGAGACUCAUUGUUAUACAAGAAGUGAUAUAUAUAUAUGUGUAUAUAUAUAUUUUUUGUAUACAAAUUUAACAAAUUAUAUUUUAGUAAAUUAAGUUAAUAAAUAUUUCUAAUUUAAAUUUUUUUUUUAGAUAACAGAUUUAUAUAAUUAUCAUACAAUAAAGUAUAUGUAAAAUAAAGCAGGUUGAAUAAAGUACUAGUAAUAAAUAAUAACAAAAAAAAAAAAAAAAAUAAAAUAAUAAUAAUGAUAAAUUUAUAAUAGGUAAUAAUAAAUUAUUUAUUUAUUUAUUUUAGAUUCUGAGUAGAGCGAAGAAGCUUAUGGUUUUACAAUGAUGUUUAUUUUUUUUCUGUGGACAACUUUUCCACAAGAGAUCUUGCUCCAAUUUUUAAGUGUAGUACCUUUUCUGAAAGGAAAUCUGACUUGGAAGGUAUUUUAAGGAGGUCAUUUAUUGAUUUUUUGAAGAGUUCACAGCAAAUGUUAAAUAUUAUUACAGAAAAUACAUUAUAUUAUUUUACCAUAAUAUGACAUAUAAUUGUUGACAAAACAUUAAUAUCAACUAAAUUCCACUCAGAAUCAUUUUUUAAUUAGCUCUGGUUUAUUUUUGUUUAGAGAUAUACAUUAAAUUCCCUUUUGUACCUUCCCAACUUCCCACCCACAACAGUGGCAGCACCCGUCCCCAUUAUCCUAGAACAACUUUGUUUAAUAUUGUGUAAAAUUAUAAAUUUAGUGGUAACUUAAUUAACCAUUCUGUAAUUCUGUUUUUUAAGUUGUAAAGAUUAACCAAUCCACCUUCGAAUGAAAAUAAGGAGCAUUCUUCUAUGAUAUGCAUCAUCUUAUGGUUGACAAUUUCGCAUUUUGUAUUUAACCAAAAAGGUGUACUAUAUUCUACCACUGAAUAUACAAAAUCCAAAGCAGAGGUUCACAAAGUCUGAGUAUUUGUUCUUGGUACCUGCCAGCUGGUGAUUAUGUUGUUUUUAGUUUUAAUUUUGUUUGCUGUGUUUUCAAGAUGUCUCCAAUAUCUAUCUAAGGUUACUCCAAGGUAUUUAGGUGUAGAUUCAUGUUUAAUACUCUGAUCUUCAGACUUGAUUUUCAUUUCAGUUGUGCUUCUCUGUUAUUGAAAUGAAUUUAAAUAAUAGAGAAAAAAAACAUUUUUUAACUAUUAGGUUUGAUCCUCCAUGUUAAAAAGUAAAUCCUAAAGUUUUCCAGAGCCUCAUUUAAAAUACUUUCACACUAUGCGAUUUAAGUAUUCUGGGUGACUAGAGCCAUAUCAUCAAUGUAUUGGAAUAUUCUGCAGGUUAUUUCUGGUCUAACAUUUACAUAUAAAUUGAAAAGUAAAAGAGUAAAUAUAGGAUCCCUGAGGUAAUCUAUUGCUUGUUAAGCACCACCUGUUCUCUUUGUUAUUAAGGAAAAUCUUACAUUUUCGAUUAGUUAUCAUAUUGUUUACCAAAUUAAUAGCCUUAACAGAGGGUACUACUUUGGUUAGUUUUAGCAUUAGUGCCUCUCUCUGAACUGUAUCAUAUGUGGAUAAUAGAUGAAUAAAUACAUAACUUAAUCUUAGUAAGCUAAGUAUUAAGUACUCUUAGUAAUUAAUCAAAUUUUAAUUGUAACAUUGUUAUAAAUGUUGAUUGGUCAACUGAAUGUAAUCUGUAGUCUUUUUAGGUAUUUUUCGUUAUUUGCACAAUAAAUAUAUUUUAUUAACACAUUGUUACCAAGAAUUAAUAAAAAGAGUUUUUAUAGAUAUUUGUAUUUUUCAAUUUCGUCAAGAUGAAAAAUAAUCAGUUCUUUGAGUUAUUGCAUUGUACCUAUUUGUAAUUUAAUAAUUAUAAGUAUCUAUUUAUUUUACCUACAUUUAUAAUAUAAAAUUCUGCUAUGUCAUGCAUUUAUCUAUAGCAUGUACAUUUUAUUAACAAAUGAUGAAAAUAUGGUUGACGUAAAUGGAAAGGGAAUAUUUUCCGGGCAGGGGUCAACCAGACUAGUGCCAAAAUGUUUUAUAAAUGAUGUAAAAUAACAUUUGAUAGACUGAAACAACAUAUUCUGAAUACAGAUUUUUAUAAUUUCUUGAGACACCCAUAUUUGUGUGUUUACCAUUCUGGGAAACCAUAAUUGACUAAAUAUUAUAAAAUUCAGUUUAGACAUAUAAUAAUUAGCGUACUAUCAUUAUUUGCAAAAUAUAACUUCAAGUAACAAAAAGAAUACAAUAGACAUUAGAAAUAUAUUAUAUAAUACAAACAAAAUCAUAAUAAUCUUAAUUUAUUAAACAUUUUUAAAUAUAAUUCUCAUAUCUUGUUUGUUUUAUUAUGUGCUAAUCUGUACUGUGUUACUCUCUGUGUACCUCUUACAUAUUGUGAUACAAUAUUGGAAUAUAAGAACUAAUAAAUUGAUGGUUAAAAAUACAUCAUUAGUCAAUAUCUAGACGUGUAUUAUUUCAGUGGUUUUCAAAUUUUUUUGACUAUGACACUUUGGUUUUCACAGUAUUUUCAUGGCACACUGUUACCUUUUUUUUGUUAUUCAAUUGUUUGCACUAAAUUAGAACUAAUAUCAAAAUUAAUGAAUCAUACUCUAAGGAAUCAUAAUCAAAAGAGUUACAACAUUAUACUUAACGAGUGGAUCGCCAUAACCAAUAGUCACAAUUUACGGAAAACAAAUUUCAAAAGUCAGGGGCACACCUAGUUUGAAAACCACUGUAUUAUAUUAUAUUUUAAAAGCUUUAGAAUUUUUAAUGUAAUUAAUAAUCUUUUUUUUCAGGCACAUAACAUGCAAUUUCAAAGAUGCUGAAGAACAAUUUAAUAAUAUCCAAAUUAAAAAAGAAUAUGAUUUAAUUGAUGGUGUUGAGUAUAUAAGUGAAAUCAAUAUUGAACCAGAUUCUGUGGAAUCAAUUUUGUAUCAAAAACCAAAACAGUAUGAUGUAUAUAGUAAAUCAUUAGAACAAACACCUGAUUUGGUAGUUGGCACGCGUAAUCAAACUGGUAAAACACAUAUAUGUAACAGGUGUGAGAAAUCGUUUGGACAACAAAGUAAUUUAAUAAGACAUUUAAGGACUCAUACAGGUAAAAAACCUUAUAAGUGCAAUGUUUGUAUGAAGUCAUUUUCACAAUUGGUUAAUUUGAAAAUGCAUGUAUUAAUUCAUACUGGAGAUAAACCUCAUAAAUGUGAUUUGUGCGAUAAAUCAUUUACACAAAAAAGCAAUUUAAAAUCUCAUAGGGUGAAUCACUUUGGAGAUACACCUUACAAAUGCCACAUGUGUCAGAAAUUAUUACAGAAGGAAUACAAAAGUGAUUUAGAAAUUCACCCACAGACUGAUACUGGUACACAACCUUAUAAGUGCAAUGUUUGUAUGAAGUCGUUUUUUCAAUCAAAGUUUUUAAAAAGUCAUUUAUUAUUGCACACUGGAGAUAACCAUUACAAAUGUGAUGUGUGUCAUAGAUUUUUUAAACAUAAAAAGGGUUUAGCAGUGCACAAAUGGGUACAUACUAGAGAUAAAAUAAUUAAGUGUGAAAUUUGUAUGAAAUAGUUUUUACUAUUUGCCAGUUUAAAAUCUUAC